GAGCCAAGCUCACCACCUGUUGCUUCACUUUUGGAGAGGGAGACUGACUCUGUUGAGAGAGUUUGCUAGAGAGAGAAACUGUGCGCGUAGAGAGAGAAAGUUAGCACGCAGCUGCUUCCAUGGUGGUCUUGGGUGCAGCAGACGCCAGAAUCAGUGAGAUCUUCGUUUAUCCCAUUAAGUCAUGCCGAGGCAUUUCCCUGCCUCAAUGCUCCAUCACCCCCACAGGGUUUCGUUGGGACAGGCAAUGGAUGGUUGUAAACUCAAAAGGCCGAGCAUACACGCAAAGAGUUGAGCCGAAGCUUGCAUUAGUUGAGGUUGAUUUGCCAAAAGAGGCAUUUACCGAGGACUGGAAUCCCACGGAUGAAUCCUAUUUAGUAUUGAAGGCUCCUGGGAUGGAAACACUAAAGGUUUCUUUGAAUAAAAAUUGUAAAAAAAUUGAUGGUGUCUCCAUAUGGGAGUGGUCUGGCCCUGGCUUGGAUGAAGGACCUGAAGCCUCAAAUUGGUUUUCCAAGUACCUCGAGAAACCAAGUCAGUUAGUGCGGUUUAACACAGAACUGGGGACAAGGUACGUGGAUCACAAUUAUGCCCACGGCUAUAAGACCAUGUUUUCUGAUGGUUACCCAUUCAUGCUGAUCUCUCAGGCUUCACUUGAUGCUUUAAACAAAAUUCUUGAUGUGCCUUUACCGAUCAACCGAUUCAGGCCGAAUAUCCUUGUUGAGGGAUGUGAACCAUUUUCAGAGGAUCUCUGGAAAGUAUUGAAAAUCAGCAAACUGAUGUUCAAUGGGGUGAAAUUAUGCUCACGUUGCAAGGUGCCCACAAUCAAUCAAGAUACUGGAAUUGUGAGUAAUGAACCAACUGCUACUCUGAAAAAGUUCCGCUCUGACCAGGCCUUGCGCCCCACCAAGAGAUCACAGGGGAAGGUUUACUUUGGGCAGAAUCUAGUCUGCAACGAAUCCAUAAGCCCUUCAGGAGGAGGUAAAGUUGUUAGGGUUGGUGACCCUGUCUAUGUUGUUCAAAAGCAUGCUUCUCCAGCUGAUGCAGCAGCAUGAGACUCUCAGAGAACGCUCAACUUGAACCAAAUAUGGUUUGGAAGUAUAGUUUACUGCCAACCCUUGUACUAGGAGUGAUUACUAUUGUAUCUGAUAAAUGUAGACAAAAUAAAAACAAGAAAACACGUAUCUUGAUAGAUAAAUAAAGGUUUACCUUUCUAAAA